AUGUCCGAUAUUCGCAAGGCGCCGUAUUCCAGUGGUACUACCUAUGCACGCCAAGCAACAGACGAAGAUGACAUCGAAGAUCGGGAUUUUGAGCGUGACAGGGAUUCUGACUUGGAGCAUGAUAGGGAUAUAGGCUUGGAGCGCAACAAUGGGGAUGAAUUUGAGGGUUCUGGCGAAAAUGACAACCAGGAUCCGGAUGAUAAUUUCAUGGACCACGAGGACGACCAAACAAACCGUGAUCAAUUCCAGAGUCAGCAAGAGGACGACACAGAUGAUUUCGAUGAUGGGUUCAACGGUGGAAUGCAGGCAGAUUUCGACCAAGGUAUUGAUGAUGAGCCCGACGAUGCAGCUCAACAGGAAUCACAGGAAGGCAAAGAAUGGACUGCUCACCUCGACGUGCCUCUCCUUCUCGAGUGCAGCGCAGAUACUCACCCCCGCAUCACUCACAUAUAUCUUCCACUUGCUCAAGGUCUCCUCAUCGUCACACAAGAUCUCCACCUCAUCGCACAAGAUCUCCACCUCGUCGCACUAGAUCUCCACCUCGUCGCACUAGAUCUCCACCUCGUCGCACAAGAUCUCCUCCUCGGCACACAAGAUCUCCACGCCCACUCUCCUCGUCGUCCUCCAUCUCAGCCAAGCCAACCCUCAAAUUGCAUACAGUCCCUCUCCAAGGACACUUCUCCAUCUGAUCACACAACGUCACCCACUCUCCAUUCUCGUUCUUUCAGUAUCACACCUGAGCCAGAUUCACGCAGCAGCAAGAAGGCACGAAAGAUCAAACCAAUCCAAGGGGACCCCAUGAAGCUCGGGUUCUAUCCACCUUCCUGGCAGGCACUUUUGCAGGCAGCAAAGGUGGAAAUGUGUCUCCAAGCUGUGUUGACACAUCCUGUUCCAGAGCUCGGAGACGCUCUGCAACUCGCGCAAGAAGUCCUGGACGCUGAACUCUGGAGGUACCACGAGAAGAAGAUCAAAAUGGAUAAAGGUUAUUUCCCGGAGUACAAAGCUCAAAUGUCUCGAGUGCUCUGCGAUGAUUUGUUUACAUUCCGCACCGAGCUGAAGAAAGUCAUCAUACCCAUUGCGAAAUCAGCAUACAACAUCUUCCCGAAGGGCACAGUCACACGCAAGGAGGAUAUACAGAAGCACGUCAUCACAGCCGCCACUAAGCUCCUCAAGACUGGUGGUUACCUUCAUGUUCCUGACUUGUCUAACGGCAAAUGGAAAAACUUUGUGUCGCAAGCUCUCAUGGAUGGCUGCCUUGCUUUUUAUUAUAGCAAUAGCAAGAAGGCGCUCAAAAAUACAGACGAGUUUCACUGCACAAUCCCUCCGAACGCGCUUAUUCUCAUGGCCGCUGUGAUGAAGGGCGUCAUCUCUGGGUUUUCUGAAACUGGUACCGACAAAGUACCUGACCUCUCCGCUGAAAAAUGUAGGACCAACUUUAACUCGUUGCAGAAGUCUCUCGACAAACUGAUGGACAUUCCUGAACGUCGUGACGAGCUUGAAGAUAUGCUGGCACUGUGGGCUGGUAUUGGGAUGGGUAAGCUUGUUCAUGGCGACUCGAGUGCAGAAGGCAGUGAUUCGGAGGAUAUCAACAUCAUUUUAUAA